AUUCUAUAUUUUUGUUUAAGUCUGUUUUAAAUUUAAAAUAACAAAACAUGAUAUAGAUAACAAUCAUAUAACUGCAAUAAUAAAUAUGCUUUAGUAGGAGAGUGAAUAACUGUUGCUUCUUGAUUUUAAAAUAAUAUAUUAGAAUUUCUUUUUUUUCCCAAAUUUUUUUUAGGAUUUCACAGAUAUGUUUACACAAAGUUUACAGUGAAAAUCUAUACCAGCCCAUGUGAUAACACUAACUAAAAUGGAAAGACUUUCAGUCGGUUUACACACUAAUCCUGAGCUGAGGCUGUGCCACUAUCAUACUCAUCCAUAUCCAUAGAUAUGUCGUUUUGUUAAGAGAAAAAGAUGCAUUUAUAAUUGUUAAAACUAAUCAUAAUGGCUUUUUAUGGCUUAAAUGAUCACUGUUUAAAGCAGUCCUAUAUAAUCAACUGGAUUUUUAUUUUGUACUCCCAAGCCCAGCAAAUGUUCCUCCUUUGCCAGGGAGUGAAAGACGGCGAAUCCAUGGUUUGGAAUCACCACAAACAAGGCUUCCAAGCAGAACUUGACAAAAUGGCUUGCGCAGCAGACAGCUGCAUACAGUUUACGCGCCACGCUAGUGAUGUCCUUCUCAACCUGAACCGGCUGCGCAGCAGGGACAUCCUCACUGAUGUUACCAUCCUGGUCAACAGACAGCAGUUUCGUGCACACAAGACUGUUCUCAUGGCUUGCAGUGGGCUGUUUUACACUAUCUUUACUGACUCCCACAAGUGCAACCUUAGUGCCAUCAGUCUGGACCCAAAGGUGGACCCUGAGGGCUUUGCCAUCUUGCUGGAGUUCAUGUACACUUCUCGUCUCACACUAAAGGAAAGUCUCAUCAUGUCCAUCAUGAAUACUGCCAUCUAUUUGCAGAUGGACCAUGUUGUGGACACUUGCCACAGAUUUAUCAAAUCCAGUGAUCCGACAUCCAAGCUGCCCAGAGAUGAGUUUUUGGUCAGUCCCUUGGUGUUGCCCCAGGACGUCCAUGCCUAUCGGCCCCAUGAUGUUGUUGACAGUUUGCACAGCCGUUUGGCUCCAUUCAGGGACGGACGGCCCUACGGCACAAACAUGUUCAGCAGUGUCAGCACCCCCAGUAACUACCACCUCUAUGGGCAGUUUCCCAUGCCGGGAUUCCCUUUCCCACUCUGCAAGCUGGCUGAUACCAAAAAUGCUUUUGCCGACCUCUCAAAGAGUGGGAUCCACCACAAACACUGUCCUCCACAUGACAGCACCAACGGAAUCAGGGCAGACUACGCCAGGGCACUUGCAACCGGCUCCUCUGGCAUUAUUCACUCUACCACCUUCGCUUCCAGGGAGAUCGGCAGAGACGACGAGAUGAGGAAGGAGGGCCAUGAGGGCCAACCCAUCGGCCUCAGCUCCAGGAAGCGUGCGUUCCCUGUGUUGACCCUUGAGCACCAGAAAGACUCGAGCAAAGACCAUGCUUCGCAGGCAGAGGACGACCUCAUCCAUCAACAUUAUCCUUUGGGGAUCUCCUCUGCUGGGCGCAAGAGUCUCAUGAGCAGCCCGCAGAGCCCCCUCAAAUCAGACUGCCAGCCCAACUCCCCGACAGAGUCCAGCAGCAGCAAGAACGCCAGCCUCUCCCACAUUGGUGCAGGGCAAGCUAUGCAGGGUACGCCAGACCCAAAGGCUCGCAACUGGAAGAAGUACAAGUUCAUUGUGCUGAACCAGAGCGCAAAAGAGGACGAGGCAGGGCUGAGGGAUCCCGGAUUUCGGUCCCCCCAGCGCCUCGGCAAACAGCCCUACAUUCACCCUGGUGACUCUGAGAGCCUCGACGUUCAAACCACCAGUAAGAACAGCGAUCACAGCGAGGACCUACCUGUGCCACAGGCCAGCCGUCUCAACAACAUCAUUAACAGUGCUCUUGAGGGGUCACUGAGGAACGGUGACGGCCCUCCCCACUACCUGAACCGUCUCGGCUGCUCCACCUGCGGCUCCCAGUCUCCCCAGCACUCCAACGUCUGUCCCAACAACCCCAGGUCACGCCUCUCUGAAGACAUGGCAGAGCUGCACUCAGAAUAUUCCGACUCCAGUUGUGAAAAUGGUACAUUCUUCUGUAAUGAGUGCGACUCCAAGUUUGCCGAUGACGAAUCUCUGAAACAGCACAUGCUCCAAGUCCACAGCGACAAGCCAUACAAGUGUGACCGCUGCCAGGCUGCGUUCCGGUACAAGGGUAACCUCGCCAGCCACAAGACUGUCCACACUGGAGAGAAGCCGUACCGCUGUAAUAUCUGUGGUGCUCAGUUUAACAGACCAGCAAACCUCAAGACUCACACUCGCAUCCACUCAGGAGAGAAGCCAUACAAAUGUGAGACGUGUGGAGCUCGUUUUGUACAGGUUGCUCAUCUACGUGCCCACGUAUUGAUCCAUACCGGUGAGAAGCCAUACCCAUGUGAGAUCUGCGGCACACGCUUCCGUCACCUGCAGACGCUGAAGAGCCACCUGCGCAUCCACACGGGAGAGAAGCCCUACCAUUGUGAAAAAUGCAACUUGCACUUCCGCCACAAGAGCCAGCUGCGGCUGCAUCUCCGACAGAAGCACGGCGCCAUCACCAACACCAAGAUCCAGUACCGCAUGUCCACAGCAGAAAUGCCGACUGACCUGACAAAGGCAUGCUAAGCUAAAAGAGUAGAACGGUCACCUUAACGGCAAUCUUGAUUCUGGCAUUUAAUGGCCCCACCCCCUUCAAACUUGUACAAUCAUCUAAAACGGUAGUGCCACACUGAGUUAUUGAGACAAUUCAAUUGGCUGUGUUUGCCAUUCUAAACGGGUUUCCACUACAUGUGAUCAUAGAGCCACUUAUGGUAUCUUUGUCACUUUAUGAUUUCUAUAUAGAGCUAAAUAUAUAUACAUGUAUGUUGGGAGUGUUUUUAAGCUUUGAAGGUACUGACUAAAGCUUUAUUUUGUUGAGAAGGACGAAAUGUAAACAAUGUGUUUUUGAAAAUACAGUAUUUUAUAUCAGAGAACUUACUUUUCUGAAAGUAUUGACAAUUUUGACAGGUGGUACAUAUAUUUUAAGAAAAAAAAAUGGCUUUGUGGCUAUAUGAAUUUGUCUAGACAUUUUUAAGUGUAUGUACAGACAUGUAUACAUAAAGGGUGGGACGGGUGAGGUGUAUUUGGAUUCAGUCUAAACCGUAUCAGAUGUCUGCUGCUGUCUAACAGUUAUGCAUGAGGUAUUUCUUACCGUUGUCGGGCAGACCACGUAAAUAUUGUGACAUAUUGUGUUCUAUAUGUGAGAUUGCUCUCUGCUGGCAGAGCCAAUCUAGGCGUUGAACUGCAUUUUUGGGUACUGCUUUGUAAUGACCAAGAAAAAAAGAUUCAUUUUGUUUUUUUAAUUUUGCUUCAGAUGUGUUUGUAUAGAUGUGACUUUUGGUUUUGUUCAUUUUUCAUAAGUGAAAGUUUACAGUUCUUGCUGUUUGUUCCCGAUCUUACCGUAAACUCGUGUCAAUGUUGAGCUUUUUGUUUGUAGAUACACUGUGUAUUCAAUGUGCCUUUCUCUACGCCGGCUGAAUUCACCUCCAUUCAGACCAGCUCUAUUAAGGUACAACUCAAGGACAUCACUCGUCCUAAUUCCCAGUGUGGGUGUGUGUGUGUGUGUGUAUAUAUAUAUAUAUAUAUUUCUAAAUACUUCUCUGUAACCUUACAACAUGAAACUUUAUCAUUGUAAAUCUUCAAGACUUGUUUUUGGAUUGGGUUUCUUUUUUUAAACUGCAUUAAAAUUAUUGUACAGUGUUAUAAAUAUAUGAAUGUAAAAUAAAGGUACUGGAUUUCUAUGUAUUGAAA